UUACGUCACUCCCAGCGACAGCAUCUUUGUCAGUGCACAAAAUGGCGUCGUACUGUUUGACUGUCAGCCGGCUUCAGCAUGCCCUGGGGCGCGGGGCGAGGCGCCUGCACCUCACCACGGCGUUCGACGCGCGAGCGAAAGUGGCGAUGAGCCGUUUCGAGGCGAACCACUUCGUCAACUACGAGAAAAUGCAGAAGAACAUUGACAUCGUCAGGCAGAGGCUGGCUCGCCCCCUCACCCUCUCUGAGAAGAUCGUGUACUCUCACCUGGCAGAGCCGGACUCUCAGGAGAUCGCUCGCGGGCGCUCCUACCUGCGCUUGCACCCGGACCGCGUGGCCAUGCAGGACGCCACGGCCCAGAUGGCCAUGCUGCAGUUCAUCAGCAGCGGCCUGCCCCGCGUGGCCGUGCCGUCCACCAUCCACUGCGACCACCUGAUCGAGGCGCUGUCCGGAGGACCGCAGGACCUGGAGCGAGCCAAGGAUGUGAACCAAGAAGUGUACAAAUUCCUGGCCACGGCUGCUGCAAAAUACGGAGUGGGAUUCUGGAAGCCGGGAUCAGGAAUCAUUCACCAGAUCAUCCUGGAGAACUACGCCUACCCUGGUGUGUUGCUGAUAGGCACAGACUCUCACACCCCCAACGGGGGGGGCCUGGGGGGGGUGUGUAUCGGGGUGGGGGGCGCAGACGCAGUCGACGUGAUGGCGGGGAUCCCCUGGGAGCUGAAGUGCCCCAACGUGAUUGGGGUGAAGCUCACUGGCUCCCUCUCUGGCUGGACCUCCCCCAAAGAUGUGAUCCUCAAAGUGGCCGGAAUCCUGACUGUGAAAGGGGGCACGGGCGCCAUCGUGGAGUACCACGGACCGGGCAUCGACUCCAUCUCCUGCACAGGAAUGGCUACAAUCUGUAACAUGGGGGCUGAGAUCGGAGCCACAACAUCUGUCUUCCCUUAUAAUCACCGCAUGAAGACCUACCUGGAGAAGACUGGGAGAGGAGGGGUCGCUGCGUUGGCUGAUGAUUUUAAAGAUCUUCUGGUCCCUGAUAAGGGCUGUGAAUACGACCAGGUCAUCGAGAUCAAUCUGGACACGCUGAAGCCCCACAUUAACGGCCCGUUCACCCCAGAUCUCGCUCACCUCGUCUCCGAGAUCGGGGGGGUGGCUCAGAAGUCUGGCUGGCCUCUGGAAGUCAAAGUGGGGCUGAUCGGAAGCUGUACCAACUCCAGUUAUGAGGAUAUGGGCAGGGCGGCUUCCCUGGCAAAGCAGGCGCUGGACAAGGGGAUGAAAUGCAAGGCCCAGUUCACCGUGACUCCAGGGUCCGAGCAGAUCCGAGCCACCAUCGAGAGAGACGGCUACGCGAAGAUUCUGACCGAUGUUGGCGGGCUGGUUCUGGCGAAUGCCUGUGGACCCUGCAUUGGACAGUGGGACAGACGCGACGUGAAGAAGGGAGAGAAGAACACGAUCGUGACGUCUUACAACCGGAACUUCACGGGAAGGAACGACGCCAACCCCGCCACCCACGCCUUCGUCACCUCCCCCGAGGUGAGGACCGCCAUGGCGAUCGCUGGCCGGCUGGAUUUCGAUCCGGAGACGGAUUUCCUGACGGCUCCGAGCGGAGAGAAGUUCAAGCUGCAGGCCCCCAGCGGAGACGAGCUGCCGUCCCGGGACUUCGACCCCGGCCAGGACACCUACCAGCACCCCCCGGCCAAGGGGGACUCCCAGCCCGUCGACGUGAGCCCCCAGAGCCAGCGGCUGCAGCUCCUGGAGCCCUUUGAGCGCUGGAGCGGAGAGGAGCUGGAGGACUUGCAGGUUCUCAUCAAGGUCAAGGGGAAGUGCACCACUGACCACAUCUCCGCGGCCGGACCCUGGCUCAAGUUCCGAGGCCACCUGGACAACAUCUCCAACAACCUGCUGAUCGGAGCCGUGAACAUAGAGAACGAGAAAGUGAACCAGGUCAAGAACCAGCUGACUGGAGAGUACAGCGGAGUGCCGGACACUGCGAGAUACUACAAGAAGCACGGUGUGCAGUGGCUGGUGGUCGGGGAUGAGAACUACGGCGAGGGUUCGAGUCGGGAGCACGCUGCCCUGGAGCCCCGACACCUGGGGGGGAGGGUCAUCCUCACCAAGAGCUUCGCCAGGAUCCACGAGACUAAUCUUAAGAAGCAAGGGAUGCUUCCUCUAACGUUUUCCAACCCCAGCGAUUACGACAAGAUCCGACCGGACGACAAGGUCUCCAUCCACGGGCUGAAGGACUUCCUCCCAGGAAAGCCCCUCAAAGGCAUCAUCAAGCACCGGGAUGGCUCUCAGGACACAGUCUCUCUCAACCACACGUUCAAUGAGACACAGAUCGAAUGGUUCAAGGCGGGCAGCGCCCUCAACAGGAUGAAGGAACUGCAGUAGAACCGUCGAGGAGGGGAGGAGCCUGGGAGGGGAGGGGAGGAGCCUGGGAGGGGAGGAGAGGAGCUGGGGAGGGGAGGAGCCAGGGAGGGGCGGGGCUAGGAAGCCUAACCCAGCUCAUACUAAACAGAGUUCAUCAAUCCUUCAUGAGAGAGAGGGGGAGGCUACAGGGCUGGGAAUCAGACUCCCGCUGCACAGCAGUGUGAUCCAGUCCUGGUUUCACUGGGAGUUUAAUAAUCAGACACCCCUGAGCUUGUUAGCUAGACACACUGGAGGCUGAUCAAGCUGGGAGCAGUAAAACCUGGACUGGAUCACACUGCUGUGCGAUAGGAGUCUGAUUCCCAGCCCUGUGUACAGUAAAAACAGUUGCAUUUUUCUGCUAGCUACACAACCUAGUCUGAAUUUGUCCAAGCUUGUCAAACGAUAUAUAUAUAUAAAUGUGAUUUUCCGCACGGAUCUCGCUCGCAACUCGAGUCCUUGGUCUUGUUCUUUCACUUGUGAUCAGAAGCUGCUCAUCGCAUUGACAGACAAAUGUGUGUGAAACCACUGACCUGCAAACGGUCAGCCAGCUCCAUUCUGUAGAGGGUCAGCCAGCUUCAAAUGGUCAGCCAGCUCCAUUCUGUAGAGGGUCAGCCAGCUUCAAAUGGUCAGUCAGCUCCAUUCUGUAUGGUCAAGCAACUUCAAAUGGUCAGUCAGCUCCAUUCUGUAUGGUCAGCCAGCUUGCUUCACUGUGAGGUCCAACACUAGCCGUUCAGCGUUGAAUUCUAGAUGCAUCUCUAUCGCCGUUGCUAUCGGUUACAGGAUCACGCACUGUAUAUUAUGGUCUGUGUCGGGUAGCUAAAUUAUCGAGGGCAGCUUUUUAAUGUUGACUUUGUACGCAGAGCAAAUCCCUCAAGCUGUUGUGAUGAACAAUUUACUGUAUCUUCUACACCGAGAAAUACGACCAUAAACUUCAUGAAUUCAAUGGCAAACGCUUCCACUAGAAGUCUCUCUCAGCGUCUUCAGUGUCAAUUCAAUGGCAAACGCUUCCAUUAGAAGUCUCUCUCAGCGUCUUCAGUGUAAAUUCAAUGGCAAACGUUUCCACUAGAAGUCUCUCUCAGCGUCUUCAGUGUAAAUUCAACGGCAAACGCUUCCAUUAGAAGUCUCUCUCAGCGUCUUCAGUGUAAAUUCAACGGCAAACGUUUCCUCUAGAAGUCUUUCUCAGCGUCUUCAGUGUAAAUUCAAUGGCAAACGUUUCCACUAGAAGUCUCUCUCAGCGUCUUCAGUGUAAAUUCAAUGGCAAACGUUUCCGCUAGAAGUCUCUCUCAGCGUCUUCAGUGUAAAUUCAAUGGCAAACGUUUCCGCUAGAAGUCUCUCUCAGCGUCUUCAGUGUAAAUUCAAUGGCAAACGUUUCCACUAGAAGUCUCUCUCAGCGUCUUCAGUGUAAAUUCAACGGCAAACGUUUCCUCUUGAAGUCUCUCUCGGCGUCAACGGUUUGAAAUCCGGAGCAAGACUUUUUCUAGCGGAACCGUCCUGUCGUUUUUGAGUCUGAGUUUCUCGUUGUGUUUUUAAAUCCUGCUCUAGCGUGUGUUUUAAGCAGCUAUGGGUGAAAUGACACUCCACACAGCCAUUCGAAGACAUAAAUACUGGAUCUGUGGCAAAUUGGCUUCCUAUGGCGUUUUAAAUAACCCUUUUUAUAAGGGAAAGGGAUUCUAAAAAAUGUCUUGAAAGGUGAAUGCAAGUAAGUGGGUGAAAAACAGUGUGAAAUUCUCCAUUUACAAAAGAAUACAUUCUUAAUAAUCCAUACGUAUGAUCAGGUCUACUUGAUAUUUCAUUAACUGACCGCUGGGUGAUUGUGCUGCUGUUAUUGAUUAUGAAAUAUUUAUCAAAGUAAAAAAAAAAAAAUAUAUACAUGGUUGUGAAAUAAAAA